AUGGCGGCGAUAAACAUCGACAAGACGUGCUCCGCGUUGCCGAUUUCGCAGCAGGAUCAUCGGGAGACGUCUCUCCUGACUGAUCGCGACGUUAACAAAAUAUUAGAGCGUAAACUCGGCGGCGGUAACUUCCGACUCGUUGGCUGGAAAUUGGAGCGCCUCGACGACGCGAAAGGCUUCCUCGGCCAAUAUUAUCGUUUGCAUAUUACGACAAGAUGCGGCACGGACGGAGACGGGACGCAGAGUUUGCAGUUCUUCGCAAAAACACCACCGCCGUCCGAUAGUCCGCAGUUCGAGUUCCUGAAACGUUAUGAUUCGUUCAACAAAGAGAUCGCCGUUUAUACGGAUCUAAUGCAACGGAUGGGUGCGGGCGGAUCCCAGAGAUGGAUGGUGGAGUGUUAUCUUUGCAAACAGAAUGUUAUCAUGGUUUUGGAAGACGCGUCGUUAAACGGCUACGCCACGCCGGACAAAUACGUGCCGUUCGAUGAGGAGCACUGCGUCUGGUUACUGAGAACUCUUUCCAAGUUCCACUCGAGGUCCCUGAUACUGGACGAAAGACUCCGCCGAGAAGAGGACGGCCGGACCAUCCUCCAUUUCUACGGACACCUGCUGAAUGAGGUUCUCUUCGUCGAUGGGGACGACAGAUCGGAAAAGAUCCUUGCCGCCAGUAUUACGGGCCUUUAUACGAUUCUCGAUCUCGUCGAGGAUCUCGACAAUGACACUAGGAACGACAUUAAACGCCGUAUCACCACGUGGUCGCGAAAGAUUUCGCGAUUAUUGGCACCGUCCGAGAGACACAGAAACGUCAUCUGUCAUCGCGAUAUUUGGGCGAAUAAUAUGAUGUUUCGACACGAUCCGGCCGGCAAUACGAAAGGCUGUUACCUUAUAGACUGGCAGUUUCUCCGUUAUUGUCCACCGGCGAUCGAUUUUGCGUGCUGCUUAUAUCUCAACACUAAUCGUGCCAUCAGAGAUCGUUAUUUCCAUACUUUUGCCAAAAUCUAUCACGAUUCGCUUGCACGGCAUCUGGCGCAAGAAGGCCUUGACAUUAACAAUCAUCUACCCUGGACGGCGUUCCGCGAGAGUUACGCGGAGGCGCGAAACGUAGCCCUCAUUUACGCCGCGCUCAAUUUGCAAAUAAUGCUGCUGUCUGAAUCAAUAACCAUGCAAUAUUUUCGCGAGGUCGACCAACUCGAGGAUAUCCUGUACGGUGACGGGCGAGCGAAAAUCGUGCGACAUCAGUGCGAAAUAAUGCCCGCGUAUAAGACUCGUAUCCUGGAGAUUGUAUUCGAAAUUAAGGAUCGCUUGCCCGAGCUUCCGCCGAAUCCUUAACU